AUGCAGAUCUUUGUGAAAACCCUUACCGGCAAGACCAUUACGUUGGAGGUCGAGUGUUCGGAUACCAUUGACCACGUUAAAGCCAAGAUACACAAGAAGGAAGGCAUUCCCCCUGAUCAGCAGAGGCUCAUUUUCACCGGAAAGCAGUUGGAAGGUGGCAGAACCCUUGCGGACUACAAUAUCCAGAAGGAAUCUAAUCUGCAUCUUGUCCUCCGUCUUCGUGGCGAGAUGAAGAUUUUUGUCAGAACGCCAAUGGGCAAGACCAUCACAUUGGAAGUUGAAAGCUCCGAUAAAAUUGGUAAAGUGAAGUCGAAGAUUGAGGAAAUAGAAUGGAUUGAACCGGAACAUCAGCUUUUGAGCAUUGAAGAGAAGGCCCUCGAGGGUUCUAGAACUUUGGCAGAUUAUAACAUCCAAAAAGAAUCUACAUUGCACCUUAGUCUUUGGUUGAGAGGAGAUAUGCGGAUUUUCGUUAAAACUUUGACAGGCAAGAAUCUACUUUUUAUGUUUUGUGAUUGGAUAUAUGCUUUGCUGCCUUAUUUUUGUUGGUGCUCUUGCGCAGUUGUAGUUAUUUUUUAUACGGAGCACAGAGUGUCAUGUUUGAUAUAA